GUACUCUCCGCGGGAUACAAAACCCCGCGAAGCGCGCUUGGCAGUUGCAUCCGCGUCACUCGACCGCUCGGACUCUCGCGAUGUCGCGGUUUCUUCUUCUGCUCCUUGCGCAAGUCGCUCUCCCGCUCCUCUCGGCGCGGGCCUCGUCGGAGGUGAAGGAGCCGACCUGCCUGGACGUCGACGGCUACGACGUCUGCCACUACAAGGGAGCGCUCGUCGAGGUUACGCAACGCCGUUCCGAAGAUCGAUUGGACAUAAGCGACUUGGACCUCCUGGCGAUUCGAGCGGACGCCUUCAAGAACGUGACGGCGACGCACCUGUACCUGAAUCAAGGCAACCGGAUAUCCGUGCUGAAGCGGGAGUCCUUCCGCGGCUUGCCCAACUUGGAGCGCCUGCACUUGGACGGCAACGUGGUACCGUUGUCGGCGCACUUGUUCGCGGAACUGGGACGCCUGCAGUCGCUCUCGCUGAUCCUCAACAAGAUCAACUCGGUACCGAAGGACUCGUUCGCCGGCCUGUCGAAUCUGACGUGGCUCUACCUGGGCCUCAACGAUAUCGAGGCGAUCGAGGCGGAUUCCUUCGCGAAUCUAAAUCCCGAGCUGCUGUACCUGUGGCUCAACGACAAUAAAAUCUCCCGCGUCGCGCCGGGUUCCUUCGCCGGCUUGGCCGAGCUGAAUCGCCUCCACUUGGACCGCAAUCGGCUGGAGAGCCUGUCGGGCGGCACCUUUCGAGGAUUGAGCAAGCUGGAGGAUCUCUUCUUAAAUGACAACCGGAUAACGAGCGUCUCCAGGGCGCUGCUCCGUGACCUGGUCGGUCUGAAGAGACUCUACCUUCAGCAGAACGAGAUCAGCGUUCUCGAGCCGGAAACGUUCGCGGAGCUGUCUCAGCUGGAACAACUGCGGCUGGACGGAAACAAACUGUCUCACAUUGUAGUCGGCACUUUUGCCGGACUCUCCAAUCUGCAGGAUCUCAGGCUGUCCGACAAUAGCAUCCGCGCGCUGGAUAAUGGCGCUUUCGCUGAUUUCGUCAAACUGCGACUCCUCCACUUCGGUGGCAACAACUUGACCGAAAUCGACAAGGGGACCAGCGGCCUCCCACAACGCACUACCGUCAUCACGACGCCUUAGGGAUCCGUUUACAUCUCAGGGUGCAGUGGACAGAAUGGUCGCGACACUUCUUUCAAUGAGUUUAGGAACGCGCAUUUAGAUUCACAGAGGAAAAGAAGUGUCAGAUCAACUCUUAUAUACUUCAAUUAACACGUUGUUUUGUGUAUACGCAACAGUCUCUGAUAUUCUUAAAGGCAUUUAAUAACCUUACAUUCCAACAAUAUUACGGUCUUAUUGAAAUAUUAUUAUACCAUUGUCACUUUGAGAAUACAUAUAAUUAUUUUGACACUAAAAUCAUUUUAAUCAUUAGAGGAAGGUCCCCUAUUUUCAGACAGGCUUCUAAUGGAGAUGGGUUUUCAACAUCCAAAUUCAAUCGCGAUCUCCUUUCGCGGCGAUUACACAAUCUAAUAAUGAAU